GCGGCAGUGCGUGCGCGCUCCCUCCCCCCCCCCGCCUUCCCCUCUCUCUCUCUCUCCUCUUCUCCGCCGCGCUCGGUCGUUUCUUCCCCCCCUUUGUGAGGCGCUCGGAGUGGCCCGGACAUCGCUGACUCGCCAUGGCCGACGAGAAGCCCAAGGAAGGAGUGAAGACUGAAAACAAUGACCACAUUAAUCUGAAGGUGGCAGGGCAAGAUGGGUCUGUGGUGCAGUUUAAGAUUAAGAGGCAUACACCACUUAGUAAACUAAUGAAAGCCUAUUGUGAACGACAGGGGUUGUCAAUGAGGCAAAUCAGAUUCCGGUUCGAUGGGCAGCCAAUUAAUGAAACAGACACACCUGCACAGUUGGAAAUGGAGGAUGAAGAUACAAUUGAUGUGUUCCAGCAGCAAACAGGAGGAGUUUACUAAAAAAAAAAAAACACACACACAAAAAGAACCUGCUACUUUCCUCUCCAGAACUGUGCUCCCACAGGCGACACAUUCACAAUUAGAAAAAUGAGACUUGGUUCAGCCACAUCCUGACUACUGCAGUAUAGUUUUCUCUCUUCUCUCUCUGAUUUUUUUCCUAUUCCUUCUAUUGUACAUAAAGUAACUGGUGUAUGUGCACAGACAUAAUGCAUAUUUUUUUUAACUAAAUGGCCAAUGGUAUGUUUUGAUCAACAUUUAAUGGAGAUGGGGUGGGAAAACAAACUGGUUCUGUGAAAAUGCCCCUUUCUCCGUUAGUGGCAUGCUCCUUCUACUUUUAUCUUUAUAUUCCAGUAAGUUAUUUUGCUCUCACUGUUUAAAAACAAAAACCUUGCAUACCUUGUUUGAUUGGAUAAUUUCAAUGUUUUUCUUUUAUCAUUGUAAAACCAAGGACAAUUUUAUAACUUUUUUGUACGUAGCUGUUACAUGUAGAGCAAUCUCUGUCUAAGUAGGGGUAAAUUACUCUAAAAAAAAAAAAAAAAAAAAUCCUAGAUAGUUUUCCCUUCAAGUAAAGCGUCUUGUUGUUUAAAUAAACUUCUUGUUUAAAAUAA